AAUAUAACAACUUUAUUCCAUUAUUUUUCUUUCAUCUCAUCAAGAUUACUAAUAUUACUAGUUACAACUUUUUCCGGCAACAUACAUGGCGGAAGGUGGUGGUUCCGGUGACGAUACAAUUAGAAGUAGCUGUCCACGUGGCCACUGGCGACCGGCCGAAGAUGAAAGACUCCGGCAGCUUGUAGAACAAUAUGGUCCUCAAAAUUGGAACUCUAUAGCUGAAAAACUUCAAGGAAGAUCAGGGAAGAGUUGUAGAUUAAGAUGGUUUAACCAACUUGAUCCAAGAAUUAAUAGAAGACCAUUUAGUGAAGAUGAAGAAGAGAGACUUGUUGGUGCUCAUAGAAUACAUGGAAAUAAAUGGGCAUUAAUUUCAAGAUUAUUUCCAGGUAGAACUGAUAAUGCUGUGAAAAAUCAUUGGCAUGUUUUAAUGGCAAGAAAACAAAGGGAACAAUCAAAGAUUUGUGGUAAAAGAAGUUUAUAUCAACAACAACAACAUGAUAAUUUUCUAAGUGAUUCUAAAUCAUCAUGUUAUGGUUUUCGACGAAGGAAUAACAACAAUAAUAAUAAUACGAGAAUACAAGAAGGUAAUUAUGGCUCCAAAAUUAACUUUGAAUUUCAAAACCCUAAUAAAGAUAGGGUUUUCUCAAUGUCUACUACAUAUUCUUCUAGUUCACCUGAAUUUUGUGGAAGAAUUGGGAGUCAUUUGUUUAGAGAAACCUCAAUAGAUCAAAAAUCUUUAUGUCAAAAUAAUUUAAGCUUUUCAAGUCACGGAAGAGGAGGAGAUAAUAAUUACAAAAGGAGUACGACUUUUCAGAAUCCUUUCAGUUAUGCUGAUAGAAAUGAAUAUGACGGUCUAACUGAAAGAGUUGUGAAUAUUAGCCAUAGUACAUUUUCCUUUGGGAAAAUUCUAAGGGAAAACAUUGAACAACAACGACGACAACGACGACAACAACAACAACAACAAAAAUAUGGAGAAGAAGCAAGGGAAAAGAAAGAUAUUCCCUUUAUAGAUUUUCUUGGUGUGGGGAUUUCUUCUUGAU